UUUUGUGUUUAUCCACGAUUUAUUCAAGAACAAUGCUGUGUAUCAAACAAAUUGACUGCAGCAUAGCUAAGUACUGCACUGGAAAAAUGGUAUACGUGAACGGUGCGGUGUGCUUGUCCGUGUUACUGUUUAUAAUUGGCCUGUGUGUAGGACUGAACGUUAAUAACUUCAAAGGAAGCGACGCUCUCGACUCAGCACCGCUUAUCGACGGUCACAAUGAUCUGGCCUACAACUUGUACGAGUUGCUGAACAACAACUUGGACGAGUUCAACUUCACAAAGAAUUUGACUGACGACCAAGUAUGGGGUAGAAAUGCGUGUGACUCAUGCUACACAGACCUUCCACGCCUGAGGAAAGGGAAACUUGGCGCGCAAUUCUGGGCCGCGUAUGUCGACUGCGCGUCGCAAUACAAGGAUGCGGUGCAGCUCACAUUGAGGCAAAUCGACGCUAUCAAGAGAUUAGUCGCUAAAUACCCGAACGAUCUAGAAUUCGUAACGGAGGCCAAAAACAUCGAGGAGGCAUGGAAAAACGGAAAAAUUGCUUCGAUGAUUGGUGUCGAAGGUGGUCACUCCAUUGAUUCUAAUUUGGCUGUUCUCAGGCUCUUCUACGAACUCGGUGUGCGUUAUAUGACGCUCACUCAUAUGUGCAACACACCAUGGGCUGACUCGUCGUUGGUGAACGAUAGUUCCGUUCAUAAUCUCACAGAAUUCGGAGAAGCUGUUGUUUAUGAAAUGAAUCGGCUGGGAAUGUUGGUUGAUUUGUCCCAUGUGUCACAUAACGUUAUGAGACACGCGCUGUCAAUAACGAAAGCCCCUGUUAUGUUCUCUCACUCAUCCGCAUUCGCUAUUUGCCGUAAUUACCGUAAUGUCCCUGACGAUGUUCUCCACAUGGUCAAAAGGAACAAUGGUAUCGUGAUGGUGAACUUCUACUCGCAUUAUGUGAAUUGUAACUCCUCGAGAAAAGCGACAAACCAAGAUGUCGUAGAUCAUAUCAAUUACAUUCGUAAUCUUAUCGGAGCGGAUCACAUUGGUAUUGGAGCUGAUUACGAUGGUGUAACAUCGAUGCCAGAGGGCUUGGAAGACGUUUCUACGUACACAGUUUUAUUCGACCGCGUCUACGAAAGUGAUGUGGAACCACGAUGGACCAAGGAAGAGCUCGAAAAAUUAGCUGGCCGGAAUUUGAUCCGUGUGCUCAAAGCUGCAGAAGAAGUGAGAGAUCAAUUAGCUAAAACGGAACAGCCACGGGAAGAUAUCAUAAACGCUAGAGAUAUUAUGCAAGGUGAAAUAAUGAGCAAUGUACCACCAGGUUCAUGCUACACCGCAAAUGAAUGGGCUCCUCUAAUACGGGAAAUAUUUAAAUCAAAAGUAACAUAGUACGACAUUUUGCAAGCAAAAAGAUUUAUUUUCAUAUGCCAAUCCAACAUGUAAAA